UUCACCCUUGAUCGCAUUCCCAGAAGCCGUGAGGUUAGACAAUCUUGGACCUCCUCUGUGGUAACAACCCUGUACUCCAUACUUUACUCCCUUCCUUUGACCUACAAACUGAAACCAGAUUUGAUAUUGUGCAAUGGACCAGGAACAUGUGUUCCUGUCUGUAUAUGUGCUCUUCUUCUUGGGCUUCUAGGAAUAAAGAGAACAAUCAUUGUGUAUGUAGAGAGCAUCUGCCGCGUGGAAACUUUAUCCCUGUCUGGAAAGAUUCUGUACUACUUUUCAGAUUAUUUCAUCGUUCAGUGGCCUGAUCUAAAGCAAAAAUAUCCCAAGUCAGUAUAUCUUGGUCGAAUAGUGUAA